CAAAUGUCAUAAUACGCGUGAAGUUGGCACGAAAUUGCCAAGGAGUGGAAACGCAAUCAGAUUUAAAAUUCCAAUGAGUUCUGUGUGACUUAAAACACAAAAAAUUGCAAAGACACAGACCAAAAAAUUUUGCAAAUGAUUUGUGCCUAACUUCCCUCCGCUGACAUAACCCAAGUUUUUCAAAAAUGGGGGCUCCAGAAAACCGAGCGAUAAUUUUGAGUGACUGUGGCACCGUUCUAAGUGCUCUUAGUUACAAAGACGUCAAUUCAUUACGUAGUUCGAUAACCCAGUUCAUAUCGGUGCAUGUCACAGAAAAACACCAAUGCAUAGGUCUUGCAAUGAAUCACAAUAUUUACAUUCCUUCGAUUAUUUUAAGUUUACAGGAAUUGCACCACUGUUUUAUUUUUUUGUGUGACGAAACUGAGUCAAUUACAACAAAUUUGGGGCUUCUCUGGUCAUUAUCUUUCGCUUCGGGCAAUAACACCGUCGCCACUUUAUUACUAAAUGGCCAAAAACUCGUCUUGAACAAACACAAAGUGACUCACGUAACGAAUUAUCCGAAUAUUUUUUACAUAAUUCGAACAUCAGGCAGUACAGGUGUGAGCAAGUUUGUGAGGGUUACUCACUCAAGUAUUGAACGCAACGUCAAACAUUUGAGUAAAAUAUUCAAAAUCGGGGCUUCCGAUACGAUUUACUUCGGCACCCCGCUCACUUUUGACCCCUCAAUGAUCGAGUUGUUGCUCGCCCUCGAAAAUGGGGCUUGUCUCUUAAUAACGCCCCCUAAGAACCAAAUCAAUCCGGUGCGUCUCCACCAGACGUUGUUCCAUCCCCAAAAUGGGGCCACUGUCCUCCAAAUCGUCCCGUCUCUAUUUCUACGAUGGUCGGAGACACAAAUCAGUGAUUUUCUCCAAAAAUCAAAAUUAAAAAUCCUAGCUUUUGGGGGCGAACCGUUCCCUUUAUCUCUUCUCGCUUAUCAAAAGUCGGAUUUUUUGCGAAUUUUUAAUUUGUACGGAGUCACUGAAGUGUCAUGUUGGGCCACUGUUUGCGAAGUCGCGGAAGGUUUAGGGGAAGUACCGCUCGGGGAGGAAUUAGACGACACUAUUGUGGAGUUAAGGGAUGAUUUCGGACGGGUUGUGGAAAAUGGUGAAGGAGAAAUUUUCAUUGGGAGUUCGACCCGAAUUUGCUUCGUGGGUGAUGAGAAAAUUCAUCACAAAACACCAGUUUUUCGGGCUACUGGUGACAUCGGGUUUAUUUCUGAUAAGAAGAUUUAUUACAAAGGGCGCAAAAACGAUGUUUUUAAACGCUUGGGCCAUAAAGUACAAUUAAGUAAAAUUGAAACAAUGGUAUUGGACGAGACAGGGUUACGGAACGUUUGUGUGUGGUCUAAAACCCGCACAAAGCUUUUACUUUUUUUGAUAGUCGAAAACUGCGAUAACAGUACCAAAAGCAAGGUUUUAGAUAAGGUCAGGAUUAAACUUUUACACACUUUACCGAAACAAUACUUCCCUGAUUUUAUCGAUAUCAUUCGAAAGUGCCCAAUCACUUCGCAUGGAAAAACCGAUAAGAACUCUCUCGAAUCGAUUUAUUUGAAUCGAAAUAGAACCGAUAAGAGACAAGUUGAUAUUUUUAAAACACUGAUUUGUAAAUAUUUUGGUGUUCGAAAUUUUGAUAAAAACACAUUUUUCGAACUUGGGGGCAACUCGAUUCUUGCAGUGCAAUUUUUGAGCGAAUUCGAGGACGAAACAGGGGCAGCUUGUCCCGAUUUAGUGACUCAUUUGUUUGAAAGUGACUUAAACACCUGUAUUGAUAUUUUACGUGACGUUAAAGUCGUACAAAAAAGACCACAAACUGAACCGCCCCCGAAAAAUGAGAAAAAAAUAAAAAAUAGCAACAUCGGAAUUGAAUUAAAAAUUGCUUGGAGCUAUAACUUGGAGGCUUGCGUCGACUCAACACCUCUCGUUUUUUCUCACAAUGGACGCGAGUUAGUCGCCGUUGGGGCGUUUUCGCACAUUUUUGCCAUUUUAGACACGCAAAGUGGCCACGAAAUCGCCAAAUUUGUCCUUCCAGACGUCGUCGAAAGCACUCCUUGCUACCACAAUAACUACCUAUACGUGACUUGCUUUGAUGGCAAUUUAUACUGUCUUGAUUUCGCAUCAAAUUCAAUCAAAUGGGCUUAUAAGACAAAUGACAGGGUCAAGUGCACCCCAAUUUUGUGCUCCAGUGGCGCAAGAAUCAUUUUCGGGUCUUACGAUAAGCACAUCCAUUGCGUCGAUAUUAUGCAAGGAGGCGUUGUUUGGACCUCGUUUGUUUCCGAAAGUGUGAUUUCAAAACCUCUACUUUUAAACCAAAACAUUUACGUGGCCACGAUUUGUGGCACUUGUCUCUGCCUUUCGGAAACUUCCGGUGCUAUUUUAUGGCAAUACAAAACCGGAAGUCCGAUUUUUGGGGCUCCGUGCACCCACAACGGGUGCAUUUUAUGGCCAAAUGUAACCGGAAGCGUCAUAUGUAUGGCUUUAGAUGGCCGCAAAUUAUGGCAGUUUGAUACAGGGGGCCAUUUAUACUCGUCUUUCGCCAGACGAGACAAUUUUCUAUUUUUAGGGUCACAUGAUCGUAAUUUGUACGUGUUAAAAAUUGAAAGUGAAGCCCCUGAGCCCCAAUUCGUGCUUAACUUAGAUGAUUGUUUAACAACUCCGUUCAUUUCGGGCGAUUUUAUAAUUGUGGCGGGGAAUUCGGGUCGUUUGUUUGUGGUGACGUUUAGGGGUGAGUUGGGGGCUCAAUUGGGGUUGCCGGGGGAGGUUUUUUCGUCGGUUGUGGGCGGUGACGGACGAUUUUUUGUAGGGUGUCGUGAUAAUAACUUGUAUUGUGUUGAAAUUAAAAACAGUUGACUUGAACUUGAUUGUUUCCGAUUUUUGUUGGUUUGUUAAUUAAACAAUGUACGAAAAAAGUGUUUUGUUUGUGAGGUGUAGGAAAAGUCCGUGUUUCCCUUUUGAAGAUUUUUAUUUCUUUUUGUAAAUAUUUUACAACAAGAGUUCACAGUAUUCCUACUACGAGAUAGGGACUGGAUAGCGUAAUGUGAUGAGGACGAAUAGCAGAAAUACUGCGACGAUAAUUUUCACAAAACACGAUCUAUUAACAUUUCGUGAACAUUAAAACCUAUGAUAAUAUGGAAUGCGAAGCUCAGUGAUUCAAUACACAAAAUUUCCGUAUUUUUGGUAUAUUUGAUCCAUCACAUAAUACAUAUCAAUGUGCCAUAUCACCAAAGAUUAUGUCAGACAUGCAUAUCUAAUAGAACAUAAAGCUAUAAAUACACUUUUCGACAUAAUGAGUUACAAUAAAA